AUGUCGAAGCUGUGCUUCGUUACAACCGGCGCAACAGCACCUUUCACCAAACUUAUCGUGUCGGUCUUGUCUACACCGUCUCUGGAUGCUUUCCUGCAAUGCGAAGUCACCCACAUAUUCAUCCAGUAUGGGACCGCCAAAGAUGUUUAUGAGACUAGCGCCCAAGCCGCCCGUGCGUAUCUGAAGCAGAAGGGAGCUGAGGAAAAGCUGGAGAUCGAUGGCAUGGACUUCGACUCAAGCGGACUGAGCAAGCAAUUUAAGCUGGUCCAAGAAACCCAGGGCCUCGCUAUCUCUCAUGCCGGUUCUGGGUCCAUACUCGUAGCUUUGCGGUUUCAGGUCCCGCUCAUCGUGGUGCCCAAUACUGCGCUCUUGGACAACCAUCAAGAAGAGUUGGCGGUCGCGAUGGAUAGGGCAAAUUAUGUUAUUCACGGCAAUGUUGACAACCUUGCGCCCGCGAUUAAGGCCUUCGAGGAUUUCCGGGCGAAGAUGGCCCAGUUUCCGCCUAUCACGGCCGGGAAACAGCGCCAGAGCAAGAGUUUUGCAGAUGUUAUGGAUGAGACUGUGGGCUUUACGGACUUCAACAAUGAGUGA